ACAUGGGGCUUUACUACCACCACUCUAUUAAUGAUGGCUUUUCAGGGCGAGCACUGAUCAUCAUGCGGAUUACUCUGGUAAUAGUUAUUAUAAGCAUGAUGAUGUUGAGUAGCAAAUUUGGCGUCGGAUGCCCUGUAGAAGAGUAUGAAGCUCUUCUAGAAUUGAAAGCCUCUUGCAACGGAACGUCUCCUCCGUCGUGGGGAAAGCACAGAGAUUGUUGUCUCUGGGAGAGAGUUGUUUGCGAUAACAACACCAAACAAGUGACCGAACUGCAUCUGUAUGAUCUUUUUUGGUAUUAUUAUCCAGAAGGGAAUGAGAUUCUAUAUGAGGCCCAAAGUUGGCAAUUGAAUUUGAGCAUCUUUUCUUCAUUCCGUGAGCUAAGAUAUCUGGAUUUAUCUUGGAAUCGGUUUACGGGCCUCCUCUCAAGCACCACCGCCUUAGUAGGAUUGAAGAAGCUAAAGGAGCUUGAUCUUAGUGGAAACCAAUUUACAGGAGAGAUUCCAAUGUCUUUGGGAUAUCUGACAUCUCUCGAAGUCUUGUAUUUGGGUUGGAAUGAAUUAAAUGCUUCACAUUCUUUGAAAGCUUUAGUAGGAUUGAAGAAGCUAAAGGUGCUUGAUCUUAGUGGAAACCAAUUUAUAGGAGAGAUCCCGAUGUUUUUGGGGUCUCUGAUAUCUCUGGAAGUCUUGGAUUUGAGCAAUAAUAAUUUAAAUGGAUUACUUCCUUUAAAGGUUCUCCAAGAACUUACAAACUUGCAAGUGGUGCGCCUUGCAUAUAAUCAAUUCAGUGGGAGUCUUCCUCUAACUCUUGGAAACUUUACAUUCCUUCAAUAUGUUGACUUCUCUGGUAACUUCUUGGAGGGAACUAUACCAAAGCAACUCUUCAAAGGGCUUGUCUCACUUCAAUAUCUAGACCUUUCCAAUAACUAUCUUUAUGGAGAGUUUUCACUACACUCUUUUUACAACAUAUCAAAGCUUGAAGGAAUCAUACUUUCAAACAACGAGGGACUAGAGGUGGACAUUAAUAGUUGGAGUUCAGUUCAACAAUUACAGUUGCGAAUUCUUAUGCUGUCAAGUUGCAAGUUGGAAAAGAAUGCCAUUCGCACCCCUACGUUUAUCUGCUCUCAACGUCAACUCGAAGCACUCGAUCUCUCCAACAACAAUUUAAUAGGAAACGUCCCUACUUGCCUACUUAACAAUAAUACCAAAAUGGAAUACUUGAUCUUACGAAGUAACAUAUUAACAGGGACAAUUCAUCUUCCCACUCAUCACAUGACUAUAUGUGAUGUCUCUGACAAUCUCUUUAGUGGUUCACUCCCUUCUAACAUUAGUAUGGUUUCUCCGACUUUGUCAGUUCUUAACUUUUCCUCAAACAAUCUAAUAGGAAACAUCCCUUCGUCAUUUGCUAACAUAAGCCAAUUGUCGAUUUUGGAUCUUUCAGACAAUCAUAUCUCAGGUGAAGUACCAGCCCAACUAGUGAAUGGUGGAAGUGAAUUGUUCAUUUUGAAGCUUUCCAACAACAAUUUGCACGGGAAAAUUUCUGGUCUAAAUUUUACAAGUGGGUCAUACAUUAACUUAGGAGGCAACAAGCUAUCUGGAACACUACCAAGUAAUAUAGAUGGUGUCAUGGCACUUGAUGUCCAUGACAAUGAUCUGAGCGGUUUAAUCCCAGAGACCCCUUGGGACACAACUGAAUUGGAAGUCCUUAUUCUUAGAGGGAAUCAUUUUGAAGGCCCAAUUCCACAAUGGCUAUGUAAUGAAACAAGACUUUACAUACUAGACCUCUCCGACAACAGUCUCUCUGGUUCUUUACCUCGUUGGUUCCAUCCAUUCAUAUGGCAUCUCAAUUUGGCUAAUAAUUGUUUGACAGGAGAAGUACCAAGUGUUCUUUUUAAUCUCUCGAACCUUGAAGCACUAGACAUUAGCAAAAAUUACCUUUCAGGUCAAAUUCCAAUGCAAAUAGGAAGUGAGCUUCAAAUGUUGAUUCUUAUUUUGAGGGAAAAUUCUUUUAGUGGGCUAGUGCCUUGUCAGUUGUGCAGCCUUCAAAAUUUACACAUAUUAGACCUAUCACACAACAACUUUUCUGGACCAAUACCAUCUUGCCUUGGUACAAUGGCAUUCAGAAGCAAUGAAUCACAAUCCUACUUUCUAUUUCCACAAGGUUGGGUCUAUAUCAUAUUCCUCCAGGAAUUUCAGAUAAUUCUGUUUUCAAAUUUCUUUAUCUCGUAUAAAUUCGAUGCUACUAUGGAACUACAAGAGGAAGAGUUUACCACUAAAGGCAAUUUCUAUAUGUACCAAAGGGAUCAUUUGGUUUCUAUGACCUUAAUUGAUAUGUCAGCAAACAAGUUGACAGGAAAAAUUCCCCCUGAAAUUGGAAAUCUUAGUGGACUUGUAUCUCUAAACUUAUCCUACAACCAACUUACCGGUCCGAUCCCUGCAGCCUUGUCAAAUUUAUCUCAGAUUGAGAGCCUUGACAUAUCCCACAACAAGUUAAGCGGCGGCAUUCCUUGGCAAUUAGAUCAGUUGAAAUUCUUGGAAGUGUUCUCUGUUGCCCAAAACAACUUGUCUGGCUGCAUACCAAAUUUUCGAGAUCAAUUGGCCACUUUUGGCGAGGCUGCUUACGCGGGCAAUGUUGGCCUACACGGACCGCCAUUAGAUCGAAUGUGCACUUCUGCCUCAAACACAACAGCACCACUUGAAGAAGAAGAUAAAGAGGUCAGUAGUAUUGAUAAAGUCAUUUUCUAUGCAAUAUCUGCAGCUGCAUAUGUAGGAGGUUUUUGGUUUACAAUAUUUGUCUUGUUUUGCAAUCGCUGGGGACGAAAUGUGCGCGUUAGACUUGACAGUUAUGUUGAUUACUUGUUUGCUGAAAUUUCGAUGGUUGUACGUAAAAUAAUUUCUAUGUAGGCAAUAGACAGAGGACAAUCCAUGUGUAAUAAAAUGUAAAACUUUUUCGAUAUUUAUAGUAAGAACUUCUCUUGUUUAC